UCCCCAGCCCAGCCCUUGCCCUCCCCAUGGUGUCAGAGCUAGGCUCCCCCUGCCUCAGUUUCCCCCCUGAGCCUUGUGAUGAGGGGGCCCAGCCCUGGCCACCCAGUGGCUUCCUGUGAUGGGGGUGCUGGUGGCAGGGACAGGACUGUGUGUCACCAAGGGAUGUGUGGGAAGGGUGGUGACAGCCUGGGGAAAUGCUGUGCCAUGGCUCCCUCCUCACCCUGGGCCAGCCCCGCCAUUGAGUGCUGGUGGGUGCUGGGCUUGGGAGCCCUGAGGGUCCUGGCGAGUCACGGGCAGGUGCCACGUGGAGCGGGACGCUUUUGGGACCUGAAGCUGAGGCACACUGUGCCCCUGCAGAGCCCCCAUAGGGAUCGUCUGGGGGCUGCCCCUGCCCAGGUGCCCUCUCCGCAAUGUGGACCUUCACGCUGCUGUGGUUGGCUCUGGCUGGCUGCAGCUGCUGCUUCACUGCUCUGCCCCAACGGGCAGCCAUGCCCUGUGGCUCCGUCCCUGCCCAUGUUUUCCGCAAACAGCGUGAGGGAUUCGGCUGGGACUGUGUGCCAGGACGGGUCACGGUGCCCUGCCGAGUACAGCUGUCUGCCCACCAUCUCUGGCACCUUUGGCUGCUGCCCACUAGCAGAGAGUGUCUCCUGUGCUGGUGGGCUCCACUGCUGUCCCCAAGGGUCCCACUGCAGUGCUGACAGCAAAUUCUGCUUUGCCCACCCAGCUCUUGGUGCCAUCCAGUGCCCCGACGGCGAGUCCGAGUGCCCUGACAACUCCACAUGCUGCAUGAUGCCCAGUGGCGCCUGGGGGUGCUGCCCUAUGCCUGAGGCCUCAUGCUGUGCGGACAAGGUGCACUGCUGCCCCCAUGCCACCAUCUGUGACCUGGCCCACGGCCGUUGCCUGACACCCACUGGUGAGCUCCCCCUUGGCAACAAGUUCCCUGCGUGGAAGCGCCAGUCCCAGCCCUCGGCACCAGUGGCACUCAGCCAGGUGACCUGCCCCGAUGGCCAGUCAGCAUGUCCGGACGGCACUACCUGCUGCCAGCUGCCCUCGGCCCAGUACGGCUGCUGUCCGCUGCAAAACGCCGUGUGUUGCAGCGACCACCUGCACUGCUGCCCACAGGGCACCACCUGCGACCUGGAGCGUUCGAAGUGCGCGUCGGGGAAAGGCUGGGUGAAGCUGCUUACCCGCCUGUCCACAACCCCCACCGCAGCUUGUGACGUCAAGUGUGACGAGGAGAAGAGCUGCCCCGACGGGAGCACGUGCUGCCGGCUGAGCUCGGGUGCCUGGGGGUGCUGCCCCUUGGAGCAGGUGGCCAUCCGCGUGCCCUGGCAGGAGAAGAUGCCGGCGCGGGCUCGGGGCCGGGAGGUGAAGUGCGACGAGGAGAAGAGCUGCCCCGACGGGAGCACGUGCUGCCGGCUGAGCUCGGGUGCCUGGGGGUGCUGCCCCUUGGAGCAGGCCGUAUGCUGCCCCGACCACGUGCACUGCUGCCCCCAGGGCUACACGUGUGACCCCGAGGGGAGCAGCUGCCUGCAGGGGGGCAUCCGCGUGCCCUGGCAGGAGAAGAUGCCGGCGCGGGCGCGGGGCCGGGAGGUGAAGUGCGACGAGGAGAAGAGCUGCCCCGACGGGAGCACGUGCUGCCGGCUGAGCUCGGGCGCCUGGGGGUGCUGCCCCUUGGAGCAGGCCGUAUGCUGCCCCGACCAUGUGCACUGCUGCCCCCAGGGCUACACGUGCGACCCCGAGGGGAGCAGCUGCCUGCAGGGGGGCAUCCGCGUGCCCUGGGCCGUGUGCUGCUCUGACGGCUUCCACUGCUGCCCCUUGGGCUACACCUGUGACCUGGCCCAGGGCAGGUGCCACAAGGAGCAGCUCGUGAUGCCCUGGGUGGCCAAGAUGCCUGCCACCCGCCGGGGCCAAGCUGUGAAGUGCAACGCGACGGCGAGCUGCGCCGAUGGGCAAACCUGCUGCAAGAGCCAGAGCGGUGACUGGGCCUGCUGCCAGUUACCCAGCGCCGUGUGUUGCAAGGACCACCAGCACUGCUGCCCCUGGGGCUACACCUGCAAUGUAGUAGCCCAGAGCUGUGAGAAACAGCGGGCACCAGCACUGACGCAGGCAACAGCUGCUUCGCCAGUGCCUCUGUCACCCGCCACCCCACCACCCAGUGAGAUCACAGCAAUGCAAAGACACUGA